CUACGCGUCAACUACGAAUCCCUGGUAGACUGGAAACAGAAUACUGCCUAUCUCUGGUGCAGUCCUCAAUUCUUCAACACAUCGCGUUUUGACUGUGUCUUCAUCCGGACACAGAAUGGCGUCAUCCUUGGACGUUUAGUCUUCCUUUUUCAAUGCGCCAUUGGGAAUGACUUAUUUCCCCUUGCUCUCAUCCACCCCUUUGACGCUCCGACAGGGCCACGACUUCGACAGGACAAGCAGCUUAACCUUUUCAGAGUUCGUGCACAACCACGCACAAAGGCCGAGUUCUUCUCGGUACAAUCAAUCAUUCGUGGGGCACUCCUAGUACAGGAUUCAGGCGGCAACCCCCUCGAUCACUUCAUUGUUGACACCAUCGACACAGACAUGUUUCUUCGUGUAAGGGAGAUGCACCAGCAGGUAGGUCAUCCAGUGCGCAUCUGA